AAAAAUAGCACAACUUCAACAAUGUCUAGUGACACCAGCAGCCCUGUAACGUCUACUGCAGAGGCGAGUGCACCACCAACAACACCUUCUGGUGGCACCUCUCCUCUGACAGACUCCACAGAUUCCACUGUGUCCUCAACAUCUUCUACAGACAGUGCCACCACGGAGACAGUGUCUACAGAGGCUGGUGCAUCUUCAACAUCUUCUACAGACAGUGCCACCACGGAGACAGUGUCUACGGAGGCUGGUGCAUCUUCAACAUUUUCUACAGACAGUGCCACCACGGAGACAGUGUCUACGGAGACUCCACUAUCUCCUCAACAUCUUCUACAGACAGUGCCACCACGGAGACAGUGUCUACAGAGGCUGGUGCAUCUUCAACAUUUUCUACAGACAGUGCCACCACGGAGACAGUGUCUACGGAGACUCCACUAUCUCCUCAACAUCUUCUACAGACAGUGCCACCACGGAGACAGUGUCUACAGAGGCUGGUGCAUCUUCAACAUCUUCUACAGACAGUGCCACCACGGAGACAGUGUCUACAGAGGCUGGUGCAUCUUCAACAUCUUCUACAGACAGUGCCACCACGGAGACAGUGUCUACAGAGGCUGGUGCAUCUUCAACAUCUUCUACAGACAGUGCCACCACGGAGACAGUGUCUACGGAGGCUGGUGCAUCUUCAACAUCUUCUACAGACAGUGCCACCACGGAGACAGUGUCUACAGAGGCUGGUGCAUCUUCAACAUCUUCUACAGACAGUGCCACCACGGAGACAGUGUCUACAGAGGCUGGUGCAUCUUCAGCAACUUCUACUGACAGUGCCACUCCCGUGACAACUCCUACAGAGGCUUCCGCAUCCACUACAACUCCUAGUGCCAACACCACCCAGAUGACAAGCACAACUCC